UUCGCGUCAGUAUGGGUUUCAGUCUCAAUAACCCGCUGCCAUCGUCCAUGGCCAGCGAAUGUCGCAAGACAGGAAAGAUUCUUGCAUCCUUUGUAGACCCGAAGCAGUCUUUUGGUCCUGAUAAAAUUAUUCCUCCAAAUAUUCUUGCCAAUGCAAAGGGCCUCGCAAUUCUCACAGUCUUCAAGGCUGGCUUCCUCGGCACUGCGCGAUUCGGAUCGGGUGUUGUCGUUGCUCGUCUGGCGGACGGAUCGUGGUCGGCACCCACGGCUAUUGGAACCAUCGGUGGCGGCUUUGGCGGACAAAUUGGCUUCGAGCUCACGGACUUUGUUUUUAUCCUGAAUGAUGCAUCCGCCGUACGCACAUUUGCACAGGCGGGCUCUUUGACACUGGGUGGUAAUGUGUCAAUCGCCGCCGGUCCCGUCGGUCGCAAUGCCGAAGCAGCCGGCGCGGCGAGCUUGAAGAGUGUAGCUGGUAUUUUCAGCUACAGCAAGACCAAGGGUCUGUUUGCUGGUGUCAGUUUGGAGGGCAGCGGUAUCAUCGAGCGAAGAGACGCCAACGAGAAGCUUUACGGCCGUCGAUGGACCGCGCGCGAGAUCCUCAGCGGUCAGGUUCCCCCGCCGCCGGCUGCUCAGCCCCUCCUACAGGUGCUCAACUCGAGAGUCUUCGCUGGUAUUGGUGGCGCGGCAAACGUUACAAACGAUGCCAUGUACAAUGACAUUCCCGUCUACGACGACACACACGACAACGUAGUAUGGCAAGGCCGCCGUGGCUCAGCCAUGGGCGAGGGUGUACGGAGGGAUCGCACCGGCUCUGUGGGACAGCAAAACGACUACGACUAUAGAGACCGACCUGGCCAUUCAUCGGCGUGGACCGACGAUGUCUACGACCGACAGCCAUCGUCUGCACCAGGCGGCCUCAACCGCUCCUUCUCGACACGCGCGAACCCUAACGAGACGUUUGACCGCAUCGAUACACGGACCCGCUCCCAGACCUUUGGCGACGACUACUCAUACAGCGAUCGCAAACCCGGACGGCCAACAGCGCCCAAGCCCGUAUUUGGACAGACAACUGGACAGAAGAAGGCAUCACUACAGUCAGACCAGGCCAUUGCCAAGUUCACAUUCGAUGCGGACCAGCCAGGUGAUCUUGGCUUUAAGAAGGGCGAAAUCAUCACCAUUCUGAAGAAGACCGACAACGAGACGGAUUGGUGGACAGGCAGGAUAGGCAACAGGGAAGGCAUCUUCCCCAGCAACUACGUUGAAACGGUGUAGAAACCGCCCGUCCCAUACCACACGACACGGCACCCUGUAACGAUAUCCAUUUUGCUCUAAAGUCAUCAGCGUUUCCGGAAAUAUACCACAAGUUUCUCGACCAAAGUAGACUGAAGAAUUGGUUGAUGGUUGGAGUUCUCUCGAGCUACUCACUCUGAGAGGAUUGCUAAACAUCCCAUAUGCAUUCAAGGGCGUCUUUGUACUGAUGCAAAUCUUGUACCUUUUUUUCUUGCUUACGUUUUCUCGUUUCUUUGGUUUCAACCUUUUAGAUACCUAGGAUGUGCGGGAGAAUUGAUGCUGUAUUUUUGU